GAAGAGAUGGAGGAGGCCAAUCCCAUUGAAGCGCACGACAGCGACUACGACCCCAACAAGGAAACCAAGAAAGAGCCGAACCAGGUGGAGCCGGUGGUACCGGGCUCCAAGGUGGCUUUGGGUCGGCGGGAGCACCAGACCCUGCAGCACCGACACCACCAGCGAUCCCGCUGCCGCCCCCCCAAAGGCAUGUACCUGACCCAGGAGGACGUGGUGGCCGUGUCCUGCAGCGCCUCGGCCGCCAACACCCUCCUCCGUCAGCUGGACAUGGAGCUGGUGUCCCUCAAGAGACAGGUAGGAGGCUGCCCUCCUCCUCCUCCUCCUCCCGAAUGUUCAGGGCCAAACCUCAGGAUCAGACAGAAUGUCCAGAACGCCAAACAGAUGAACAGCGGGCUGAAACACGUUGUGGAGUCUGGGAUUGAAGAGUUCAGGCUGCCGGAGAGUAACCAGAAGGUGAACGCCCGCUGGACCACAGACGAGCAGCUGCUGGCCGUUCAAGGUGUCAGGAAGUACGGGAAAGACUUCCAGGCCAUCGCUGACGUCAUCGGGAACAAGACGGUGGGCCAGGUGAAGAACUUCUUCGUGAACUACCGGCGGCGGUUCAACCUGGACGAGGUGCUGCAGGAGUGGGAGGCGGAGCAGGGGACGCAAGCUCCCAACGGAGACAGCGCCACCUCUGGAGAGGAGGGGAAGAACAGCUCGGCCACUCCGUCGGGGAAGAGCACCGACGAGGAGGACGAAGAGGGUCAGGUGACCUCUUCAGGCGUGUCUCCUGCCGCCUCCUCUUCUUCUUCAGCUCAGAUCCUGGUGACGUCCGGCGCCUCCUCCGCCUCCCUCCACCAGCCGCCUCCCCUCCUGCGGCCCUCUCUCCCAGCCACGCCCUCCUUGCACCGCCAGCCCCCGCCCCUCCAACAGCAGGCCCGGUUUCUGCAGCCCCGCCCCACCUUGCAGCAGCCCCCGCCUCUCAUCCGCCCCUCAAACACCCUGCCCCCCCGCCUUAACCCACGCCCUCCGGCUCCAAUGACCCUCUGCGGUAACCCCGGGGGUUCCGGUCCAAGCUCCGCCCAGCAGCCCCCCGGGCUGGCCGUCCACCAAUCGGAGACGGCUUCAUCCUCCUCCAUCCACUAACGAACGUUUCUGUUGAAGACGCAGAAAAAAGAAAAUGUCUGCAAGGCUGCUGCAUUCAGGUCCUGUGGGAAAAUCUGAGUGACUUUAUUCUUCAAAACGACGACAGCCGUCGCAGCUUCAGGUUACGACACGAAAUCCAAACCUGAGUGUUUGUUAUUUGGUGCGCAGCAUUUUAGGGGUUGAAGUUUGUCUUUCCCACAGGACUUAGCGUGCAGUGCACCUGCUGGUGGACACCUGGUUUUAAAAUCUGUGUUUUCUAAAAAAGGGUUUGACUCAGAAGUCGUGUCAGUCUUUAGGAAUCUGUCACAUUAUUAACGCAGAACCUUUUCAGCCAACAACCAAUCCUCUUCAGACAUGUGGCGUCCCUCAGGGUUCAAUCCCGGGUCCCUUCUUCUUCUCCAUCACAUGUAUAUAAAUGCAUCAACAGAAACAGCAGCACUUGGAAAACAUUUUCAACACCCUUGAUUUAGUUGCUCUCAGUAGCAGCCUAAGUGAUGCUGAAGGCUGAUGUUGAAUUAUUAUCAACUGCUAAAUUAAUUUCUUACAAUAAGAAACGUAACAUUUGUAUUGAUUUCUUUUAUCCUUCCGGAGUUCACUACAUUUACACUACAUGUCUCUGCUGACAUGUCGUUAAUCGGUCGGUCCAGCUGUAGUUUCUACUCAAACAGGAGGAAAUGUUGUUGUUGUUGGGGACAGCGAUGGAGCUCUGGUGCUCAGAGGAGGAAGGUUUCAUCUGCACAAGAUGAAAGUCAUACUUCAGUGCUGUGCUACUAAGACAGCAUUGUUUAUUUAAAUGAUUAUACCAAGUUACAGGGAACCCGCAAUGUCGUGGUAACCGAAAAUAAGCUUUCUGACAGUCGUGAUGUUUCAGUAACAGAUGGAGAUUAAACUGAAGGCAGUGUUGUGUACAGUAGCGUUAGACAUCACCUUGUACAGUUUGGUAUCUGUUUGAAUAGAGAGCCUAACUUCCGCCCCUUGGGACCUUAUUUCAGAAAAACGAUGUACGGUAGGCAACAAUGAGACACAACUAAUGUUUAGAUCCCGUUUGAAUUGUGUCCCGAAUUACACACGAUGUUUGUCUGUUUAAAAGAUCAUUUAGGUCAAGAAAGUUGCAGUUUGUCUUAAAACAGUAAAGUAACAUUUAGAUUUGUGUGAAACCGUUUAAUAAACUACAUCUCUCGUCUCUCACAAUAUAAGUUAGCAACAUGUUAGUGCUGUAAUGCUAAGCUAACGUUCACGGCUUGCUUAUUACUUGCUAGGUAACUUAGCUAUGUUCCACGCAGAGAUGGAUCGCACCUGAUGUGUUUAAUCCUACGACACCUGGUCCUUUCAUCACAUCAUCUACACAUGGUAAUGUUAGCUUCAGUAACAUUAGCUUCAGUCACGUUAGCUAGAGUAAUGUUAGCUUUAGUGACGUUAGCUUCGGUGAAAUUAGCUUCAGUGACGUUAGCUUUAGUGACAUUAGCUUCAAUGACGUUACCUACAGUACUGUUAGCUUAAAUGACAUUAGCUUCAGUGACAUUAGCUUCAAUGACGUUAGCUUCAUUGACAUUAGCUUCAGUUCAAUAACAUUGGGUACAGUAAAGUCAGCUUCAGUAGUUAGCUUCACUAUUUUUAGCAUCAGCGACAUAAGCUUCAAUAACGUUAGCUUCAGUGACGAUAGCUUCAGUUCAAUAACGUUGGCUACAGUAAUGUUAGCUUUAAUGACAUUAGCUUCAAUGAUUUUAGCUUCUGUAAUUAUAGCUUCAGUGAUGUUAGCUUCAUUCACCUUAGCUUCAGUGACAUUAGCUUCAGUAAUGUUAGCCUUUAUUACGUAAGCUUCAAUGACAUUAACUUCUGUAACGUUACCUACAGUGAUGUCAGUUUCAAAGACAAUAGCUUCAGUGAUGUUAGCUUUAGUAACGUUAGCUUCAAAGACAUAAGCUUCAAUAACAAUGGCUACAGUAAAGUUAGCUUCACUAUUGUUAGCAUCAGUGACAUGAGCUUCAAUAACGUUGGCUACAGUGACGUUAGCUUCAGUCAUUGAGAGAAACAGUUAUUUUCAGUCAUAUUUCAACAGUUUUAAGAGAAACUGCGACUUUCUUCUCUUAAAUGAUCUUUUAAACAGACAAACAACAUGUGUGUAAUUCAGGACACAUUUCAAACUGGAUCUGAACAUUAGUCUUCUCACCGUUGACUAACCUACAUAUUUAUUCUGAAAUAAGGUCCCAUGGCGGUCCCCCAACAGGGGCGGGGCUUAGGCUCUGUGUAAGCAGUUGUCCAUCCAAUCAGCUGUCAGUAACUAACUCUGUGCUGCUGUCCAUUUGGUUUUGUAGUUGAUGCUUUUUGAAAACACUAAAGUUUCACCCAGACGUCCUUCAGUGUGUUAACUCCAUGUUUUCUGUAGAAAUGUGAAAAACGUUCCCCGCUGUUCUCUGAACUGUUCUGUUGUUGGGGUGAAUUUUCCCAGAGUUGCUGUUGUUUUGUUCCACAUGUUGAAGAUUCGUUUUGAAACUAAAAACCUGUGAUGUCGGUCUGUCUUUUCAUUAUUUAUUCUUCUUCUUCCUGGUGCUACCAGUCCGGUGUAAAAAAUCAUUGUGAAAGUGCUCUUAAUGCUUUUUGGACAAACAUGUAUUAUUACAGCAGUAAAUGUAUUGAAAUCAUAGAGUCCUUUGAGUUUCAGUCGUUAGAUGUUGAGGUGAAGCUGCAGAGACCUUCUCAUUAAAAAAAAACUACAUUUGUA